AUAGCGGUUCAACGAGGACAACGACAAGCACAUGUGCACUACAGUUUAUUUACGUACGAGGCCGGGUAUGGCUGAUUUCGAAGAUGACGAAAUAAAUGAAAACUGUUGUGAUUAUGUAUGGUUUGAUGAUAAUACUAUAGAAGAAACAACACAAAUGGAUGCUUGUUUUACUGCUUUUGACAAAGAUGGGGAUGGCUUCUUGAAUUUGAAGGAAUUUACAUGUUUGUGCCGUGCUUUAUUUCGAAAUGACAAAGGAAAGAUAUACACUGUAGAACCCAAGAGAAUAAAUGAUAUGUUCCAGGUUUUUGAUAAAAACCAGGAUGGUUACGUAGACAGACAGGAAUUCCAGUUCUGUUGGAACAACUGGAUCAAAAAGAUUGUUCGACCAGUCAGCGUGUUCUUGAUCGUGGAUGUUCAGAACGACUUUAUUUCUGGUUCCCUGAAUCUCAGCCAUUGUUCGGCGAGGCAGGAUGGAGGAGAGGUUAUUGAGCCUAUAAAUAAAUUGUUGAGCACAGUUGAAUUUCAUACUGUAUUCUACUCUCUCGACUGGCACCCAACCGAUCAUGUGUCCUUCAUAGACAAUCUACCAAUGCGCAAGUUGCAUUCUUCAAGCAAGGUGAGUGCGGAAGAGGCGAAGAUGUACGACACGGUUAUCUUCGAGGGUCCGCCCCUGAUGAAGCAGAGACUGUGGCCGAGACACUGCGUCCAGGACUCCUGGGGGGCGGAACUCCACAAGGACCUGAAGAUUGUUGAGAACUCAAUAAAGAUAUACAAGGGCACCUACCCUGAUGUUGAUUCCUACUCAGUUUUUUGGGACAACAAAAAGCUAACGGAGACGACUUUAGUUUCUGAGCUUCAGAACAAGAAUGCUACAGAUAUCUACGUGUGUGGACUGGCGUAUGAUGUUUGUGUUGGGGCGACGGCCAUAGAUGCACUCACCAGCGGGUACCGCACUAUCCUCAUAGAUGACUGCAGCCGAGGAGUUGAUCUCAAGGACAUAGAGAAAACUAAACAAACCGUUAUUGCAGAUAACGGUGUCAUUGUCGAGUCUUCACAGGUGAAGGCAAUGGUAGAAGGAAGAGACAGACGCCCAGAACUCGGCUACAAGCUAGCCAUGGAACUAAAAGCCAACUCGGCUUAAAUGCACACUUCAACAUUCCACAGUAUUGGUGUAGUUUUCCUAGUGGUUAGUGAAAGGAUAGUUUCUAAACCCACUCGAGUGGCUUAAACAUUGUUUGUUUUUGAUUUGCUUUUUUUUAUGUUGCACAAAGUGCAUUUUAUAGUUUUGGUUUAAUACCUGGUAAUUAAAAAUAAUUUAUUAUUCGUUCUAUAGAGUAGUUGAGAUUUUGUACACAUUGAAAUUUAAUUACAUUUCUAGAACUUGCAUUUAAAUAAUGUAUUUUAAAAGUACAAAUUAUGCCUUAUCAGUAUAUUUUGGACAAUGUUGUAAUGGGCCUAAUAAUGCACCAUACAAGCUAUAAAAUUAGGUCUCCGGGGCAUUCAAUGCCAUAUUAUCUAGGGAUGUCCACCCCAUCAUAUCAGAUUUGGAUGAAAUUUGGUACAUUGUAUCUUCAGACAAAUAUAAUAACCCCCCCCCCUUUUUUUUUAUUUUUUAUUAAUGGCUCUAGUUUGGAAUUUAAAGCCCUUCAGAGUUUCCCUCUGUUGUUGCGAAUUAAAAAAAUUACACCAAAGUCAAGUGACGCAUCUUGCUUCAACUUCCAUUAUUGUAAUAACAGUUAUUAAUGUAGAAUCGUGAAGUUCACCAUACUUGUUCAGAAUUUUUAAUAGAUUUCAAAUAUUACUCGUCAAAUAUAAUUAAAUGCCCAGAAGUAUGUGCAAUUUAUGUUGGAAGUGCAAAAAAUGAAUUACCAAAUCUUGUAAACAUCAGUUCACUAAUCCUAUUAUGAAUUUUUUCUAUUAAUCUUUACAAUCUCGGAGUUGGUACCAUUAGACACAGCACAAAAUAACUGUUAUUAAAAAUAUAAGUUGAAGCAAGAUGUUUCACUCGACUUUGGUUGUGGAUUAAAAAAAUUCCUCCAAUCAGAAUGAAACUUUGAAGGGCUUUAAAUUCCAAACUAGAGCAAAUGUUCCAAAAAUUAAAAAUAUGGGUUUCUUUUAUUUUUCUGAAGAUACAGUGAACCAAAUUUUAUCCAAAUCUGAGAUGGUGGGGUGGACAAUGUGUAUAUUGGCUGGAUGAUCUGGAAUGUGCUAUUUUAAUGAAAAAAUAUAAAUUAUGCUUGACAUAUUUUGUGUACUUGUACCGAAACAUAAUUGUUAUCAACCACAUUUGCAUUUAUUUUUAGACAGCUCUCUUCCUUUUUGUGAAUAAUUGUAAAGUUCGUGUUAUAUAUAUCUCUGUGUAUUGUAUUCAAAUUGUAGAAAUACAAAAGACACUAGUUUAUUUAUAAUAAAAAAAGAUAUGUAGUAGUGUGAUGCAGUUAGCCACUCGUUACUUAAUGUAGGCAUUGAACAAUGUGCUUAAAAUACUCAGGAACCUUAACUUGCAUGGUACUUAAAAGAUUGAAGUUAUUUAAUAGACUGUCAUUGCAUGAACAUAUAUAUGCUUGUAAAACAAAAAUGGUAUUUCUGGAGAUGAAAAAACAUUAUAUUUCAUUAGUUUUAAGGGGCUUGUCUUCUUGGAGUUAGUAUUAUAGAUAGAAGGAAGGGCCAAGGGUGGUACUAGUACGCUCGCCCCUGAGCAUAAAUUAGGUCACCUUUAGCGACAUUUACAGACUUCAAUAGAUUUAAUGGCAAUUUUUAUUGAACACUUAGUAAACAAGAUAACAAAAAAAAAUUACCGUGUUUUCUUGUAUAAUCGUCGCACAUUUUAUUCUAAAAUCAAGUUUGAAAAUUAGGGGUGCGACGAUUAUGCGGGGGAAAAAAAUGUUUGGUAAAGUUAUUCAUAAAAACAAAACCCGUUCAUGGAAAGUAUUUAUUUAAAAAAAGGUGGAGUAUACAAGAGCACGCCCAACAAUCUGUAUUAAUAAUUCCUUAAACAAAAACCUUUCUUCAACUUUAAAUAGAAAAACCAAAACGCGAACGCAAGCCACUUGAAUCUGACGUGAACUAACGUGUCGUAGUACACACUUGCCACGAAAGAAUGCGGGCUAUCAAAUGUAGUUAACUCGGCUCCUGACAGAGAGAGCGCGUUGCAUCCAAUCGGCGAGAUAUCUAUAUUCGACUAUGUGCGCGCACUUUAUACGGGAAGCAACAUAACCAAACAUGAAUGAUGCGCUGGCUACAUUUUUAUAAGCGGUACGCCGCGGCAACGCAGACAAUCAGAUAAAGGAAAUAACGUUUAAAAACGUCUUUAUAAGAAAAUUUACACAUCAAACAACUUCGUAUUUUUCUGUUAACUUAUUAAGUAAGUGGUAAUGACCAAAUAAAUAUUAGAUUUCUACUUUAAAAUACAUCGUUUUAUACGGAAAAGAUACCUACACAAAGCGCUCUGCAUCUACUAGCAGGACCAAAAACAUCAUGCGACGUUUACGCGAGAAGUUUUUUUAUCCCAAUUUUGACAGCCUAAAAUAUGGUUGCGACGAUUACGCGCGUGCGACCAUUAUGCGAUAAAACACAGUAAAUAGAAAUGCUAUAAAAAAUAUGCUGCGUAAGCAGAAGUUAAAAUUAUGCAUUCUCAAACACAGAUGUAAUUUCAAGAUACAAUUGCUUCAUUGAAUAAUUCAUGAAGUGUAAAAUAUCAACAAAUCCAUCAUAUAGCAGUACCGUGUUUUUUUAUUGAUGCAAUUAAAAAAUGCUAUAAAUCUAAGCUAGAAGAUUGCGAUAAAGAAACAAACUCAGUACUUGGUAUUAGAGUAAAUGUAAAGAAUGAAAAUGGCACAAAUAAAUCUAGCAGCAAUUGUCCAAAAUGUUAAACACACCAUUCUAGUCUCCAGUAUUAUAUGCUUGUAGAAAAACACACCCAACAAUAAUUCUGCUCAUUUAUCGGGGGGGAAAAAAUGUUCAUCUGCUCCUUCCACCCCCCCCCCCCCCCCCCCCCCCCCACCUGUGCUUCUCGAGCAUAAAUGGACAAUGAGACCACCUUGUAAAUGGUGACAUGUUUGUUCUAAAGAGCCACGCUAGUUCUCGGCAGGCAGUGUUUAGUGAAAAUUUCCUAUCUAGUCUAGCUUACAACUAACAGGAUUGUAUUAUUCCAUCCCUACUUCACUUCUGUUUGAAAUUUUUCUGGGUGAAGUUUCAAUUGGGAUUUAUCACUUCAAAAUGAAUUUUUUUUUUGUAAAUGCAAUGUGUGCUUAGUUUAUGUGCCUAUUGUAAAAUAAUAAUAAUAAUUAAUGAGCUGAGUACAAAUUAUUAUUGUAGGAUGUUAAGUAGGUAAAUAAUAUACUAGUGAUAUUUCACAACUUUUCUAUAUAAUUCUAGUCAACACAAAACUUAGUUUUUUUUAUAUAUAUAUUUUAGUUGCACGAUGGUAAUUGGUGCACAAUGUAUCUAUUUGUUCUUAUAUGUAUUUAUUUUAAGGAUUAAGUAGCCUCAUUAGAUCAUAGAAUAUCUAAUAUACUUUUUUUUUAGCAAGUGCAAUUGUACUAGGGUCAUAUUGUAUUAAAAGUCUACGGGCAGAAACCUAAAGAAUAAUGUUGUAUUUAUGGCAUUACUAGGUGUACUAUUUUAUACUAGAGGUUAGUAACUGUUUUUGAUUACGAAAUACUGUUAAAAAAAUAUUUUAGAAUAUUAAAUGUUUAUUUCUGGUAUUUUAAGUUAUGAAGGUAAUAAAUUUGAUUUUCAGUUU